GUGGAUAGUUUGGAUGGGUACGUGGAUAUUUUGAAUGGGUACGGGGAUAGUUUGGAUGGGUACGGGAAUAGUUUGGAUGAGUAUGGGGAUAGUUUGGAUGGGUACGGAAAUAGUUUGGAUGGGUACGGGAAUAGUUUGGGAGGGUACGGGGAUAGCUUGGAUUGUCACGGGAAUAGUUUGGAUGGGUACGGGAAUUGUUUGGAUGGGUACGGGAAUAGUUUGGAUGGGUACGGGAAUAGUUUGGAUGAGUACGUUGAUAGUUUGGAUGGGUACAGGGAUAGUUUGGAUGGGCACGGGAAUAGCUGGGAUGGGUACGGGGAUAGUUUUGAUGGGUACGGGGAUAGUUUGGAUGGGUACGGGAAUAGUUUGGGAGGGUACGGGGAUAGUUUGGAUUGUCACGGGAAUAGUUUGGAUGGGUACGGGGAUAGUUUGGAUGGGUACGGGAAUAGUUUGGAUGGGUACGGGAAUAGUUUGGGAGGGUACGGGGAUAGUUUGGAUUGUCACCUGAAUAGUUUGGAUGGGUACGGGGAUAGUUUGGAUGGGUACGGGAAUAGUUUGGAUGGGUACGGGAAUAGUUUGAAUGAGUACGGGAAUAGUUUGGGAGGGUACGGGGAUAGUUUGGAUUGUCACGGGAAUAGUUUGGAUGGGUACGGGGAUAGUUUGGAUGGGUACGGGAAUAGUUUGGAUGGGUACGGGAAUAGCUGGGAUGGGUACGGGAAUAGUUUGGAUGGGCACGGGAAUAGUUUGGGAUGGGCAAGGAGAAAGUUCCGAAAAGCUGUGAGAGUGGUUUUGGUAAAUAAUGCCAUGAACAAGGUUGCUGUAGAUUACGAAGAGCGAGACACACUGCUGUCUUUCACUGCAUUCGCUGGCAAAUGUAAAACCAAGAUUGGUGAAGAGACGCUAACAGAGAGUCUUACAUUUGAUAAAAAAUAUUUCAAAGCGAGGAAAGAAUUACGAUUAAGCCAAGAUGUGAAAAGCUUUUUAACAAUCGGGAUUAAAGAUCGCACCCCACAGCAGUUAAAACAGGUGCUUCACUGUUUACAAAGCGUAAAAUCAUUCAGUGAGUAUCCGUUGUAUAUGCAAGAGAAGUUGUGUAAAGUGGCCUUCUAUCACUGUAUUCCACCUAAACGUGUAAUAAUACGACAAGGACAUGUUGCCGAGAGUGUUUACACAUUACUAUCAGGACAAGUGAUAGUGACACAGCUGGAAACAGACCCAGUAACCAAGGAAACCGUGCAGAGAACAGUGAAUGUUUUAAGACGUGGUGCAUGCUUUGGUGAAGUGGCUUUAAUACAUCAAUCAAAACGUACGGCCACGGUUACUAGUAAUGCUUCAUGUGAAUUGCUGUCAGUUAGUAGAGAGGUACGUACAGGCACGGUUACUAGUGAUGUUUCAUGCGAAUUGCUGUCAGUCGGUAGAGAG